UCCUGCCGGACCCUUUCUCCUGAUGCAUCCAUUUUUGUGCAUUCAAGCAAUCUCUCGGAGUUAGCAGCAGCCGGGAAGGAAUCAAGGGAAAUCUGACGGAAAGGGGACGCCUAUAAGCGCAAUAAGGUCGUUGGAUACUCGGAGCUCCCCAUACGCGGCAGCAGUCAUGGGUUAGACUGCAUUCACCAUGAUUUCGAAAUAAAAGCACCCACACCUGAAAAUGUCUGCUCGGGAUGGCCCGGCCGCAUCCCCUGCGGCUCCCGCUCAACCGGACAUGCCGGACCUGAGCCACCUCACCGAGGAGGAGAAAAAGAUCAUCCUGUCGGUCAUGGAUCGCCAGAAGAAAGAGGAGGAGAAAGAGCAGUCCAUGUUGAAGGAACCUCCCAAGGAAGACAAAAUGCCUCAACCAUCUCAGAAGUUGCAUCAGCAGUUUGAGAUGUACAAGGACCAGGUGAAGAAGAUCGGCGAUGAGGCGCAGAAGAAACCCGAGCAGAAGGCCGACUCGCCCACCUGUGGAAUUUGCCACAAAACCAAGUUUGCCGACGGCUGCGGCCAAGUCUGUUCUUAUUGCCAAACAAAGUUCUGCGCUCGCUGCGGAGGACGAGUAUCUCUCCGGUCCAACAAAGUAAUGUGGGUAUGCAACCUGUGCCGAAAACAACAAGAAAUCCUCACCAAGUCGGGAGAGUGGUUCUACAGUGGUUCUGAGGGGUCCAGAUCAGGGUCCCAAGCCAAAGUGAGAGGAGGCCCGGUCAGUGCAACCCAGGACCCUCUCAGAAACGGUUCGGGGGUCCCCACAGACAGGAAAAGAAGCCCAUCAGCAUCCAGGGAUCCACACGCGCCAUAUAACCUAAGGGAGGGGGAAGGAGGAUUGCAGUAUGCCCCGGCUGAAGGUGGCAUGCCCCGCUCACCGUCCGACUACGGACGGGACCCUGGCCGAUCACCAAGGAGUUCAAGGAUGUACGACGAGGUGGGAGGUUACCAAGACACUCGAGGACGCUGGCACUCGCAGGACCAGCGUUUGGACGGCCAGUUAGAUGACUAUGAAAUCCAGAGGCGUCGUGAGGAGGAGUACCGGGCUCGAUACCGCAGCGAUCCCAACCUGGCACGCUACCCAGUCAAACCCCAACCCUACGAGGAGCAGAUGCGCAUCCAUGCCCAGGUGUCACGGGCUCGGCACGAGCGCCGGCAUAGCGACGUCUCGCUUGCCUACACAGAACUUGAUGACCAUCUCCAUGGCCCCGUGGUCCGUCAGUCUCGCCUUCCUCUUUCGGGAGGCCCGAGUCAGCGUUCGUACUCUGUGGACAGGACUUCACCAGGCCUGCGCACGUCCAAUCACAGCCCACCGACACCCCACCGCAGCCCCGUGCUGGGAGACAGCCGGCGAGCCCUGGUGGACCCCGCGAGAAAGCCCAUGCCCCAGCUGCACCACUUGGACCCUAGCUCAGCCAUGCUUAGGAACAAACGGGAUAAAAUGGAUAGCAUGCUGCGAAACGACUCGCUAAGCUCGGACCAAUCGGAGUCGGUUCGGCCUCCUCCACCCAGACCCCACCGCAGCAGACGCAUGGGAAAGCUCAGGACCAUGGACAGCUUCAGUAGCUCAGAAGAAGAGCUGGCCACCACACCAGAGUACACCAGCUGUGAUGAUGUGGAGCUGGAAAGUGAGUCCAUCAGUGAGAAAGGCGACAUUCAAAGGGGAAAAAGAAAAACAAAUGAGCAGACUUAUUUUUUGGACGCCAAUUAUGCCCCGUCCGAGAGGCAAAAGACAGGGGUGCGGUUUUGGGACGGUUCCCACGAGGAGGACGCGGAGUGGUGCGAGCCCCAGGUGAAAGAUUCAGGGGUUGACACGUGCAGUAGCACCACUCUAAACGAGGAGCAUAGCCAUAGCGACAAGCACCCGGUGACAUGGCAACCGUCCAAAGAUGGAGAGCGCCUAAUAGGGCGGGUAGUGCUAAACAAGCGGAUGAAAGAUGGCACAGUGCCCAGGGACACAGGCACGCUGCUGGGCCUCAAGGUCGUGGGGGGGAAGAUGACAGAGUCUGGGAGACUUUGUGCUUACAUCACAAAAGUGAAGAAAGGAAGUCUAGCAGAUACUGUCGGGCAUCUCCGACCAGGUGAUCAGGUCCUGGAGUGGAACGGGAGGGUCUUGCAGGGAGCCACAUUUAAGGAAGUUUACAAUAUCAUUCUAGAAUCCAAGCCCGAGCCACAGGUGGAGCUGGUUGUCUCGCGGCCCAUCGGAGACAUCCCUAGAAUACCAGAGAGCACACAUGGACAACUUGAAUCAAGUUCAAGUUCCUUUGAAUCCCAAAAAAUAGGCCCUUCUAUUUCUGUCACGUCCCCAAUGAGCCCCGGCAUGCUCCGGGACAGCCCUCAGUAUCUGUCUGGACAGCUCUCCAGCCCAUGCCUUAGUAGAAGAACCACGCCUUUUGUCCCUAGGGUCCAGGUGAAGCUUUGGUACGAUAAAGUUGGACAUCAACUCAUUGUUACAAUCCUGGGAGCCAAAGACCUGCCUUCACAGGAAGACGGGCGGCCUAGGAACCCCUAUGUCAAAAUCUACUUUCUCCCCGACCGAAGUGACAAGAGCAAGAGGCGAACAAAAACAGUGAAGAAAUCCCUCGAGCCCAAGUGGAACCAGACGUUCAUGUACUCACCGGUGCACAGACGAGAGUUCAGAGAACGCAUGCUGGAGAUCACGCUAUGGGACCAGGCCAGAGUCCGAGAGGAGGAGAGUGAGUUCCUGGGAGAGAUUCUGAUAGAGCUGGAAACGGCACUGUUGGAUGACCAACCUCAUUGGUAUAAGCUGCAAACACACGACUUGUCUUCUAUGCCGCUGCCCAACCCCUCCCCUUACACGCAGAGACGCCUUCCACAUGGAGAGAGUCCAACACGCAGGUUACAGAGGUCACAAAGAAUCAGUGACAGCGAGUUCUCUGAUUAUGAUUGUGAAGACGGAAUUGGUGUUAUCUCAGAUUAUCGGCUCAACGGCAGGGAUUUCCAGAGCUCCACGCUGUCUGUACCUGAGCAGGUUAUGUCGUCAAAUCACUGUUCACGAUCGGACAUGAAUCGCACACGUUCACGGUCACCCAGCGUUCCUCCCCCACAAAGUCGAAGUUUAGAUCAUGGUGUUAGAGGAGGACCCUCGUUGUAUGGCCCCCGUCAUCGGCUAUCCGAAGACCGCUACUCACCAGACAGGUACAGCCGCAGCAUGGUGGUCAGGCAUGACCAUUACAGGUCCAGGUCAGCUGAUCAGAGGCCCAUGAUGGAUCAUCCGGUCUACACCCGUUCCCGCUCGUCUGAGCGGCCCGACUCCGGCUACAUGAGAUCCAUGCCAUCCUUACCGUCAGGGAGAUCUGCCCCUCCCUCUCCCGCCUUAUCGAGGGCAAACCCACGCAGCGGAUCGGUUCAAACAAGUCCCACCAGCACACCGGUAUCAAGUCGGAGAGGUCGGCAGCUACCCCAGGUCCCACCGAAGGUUACCAUGGACAGAAAAGAUGGCGAGGGCAUGACUGAGCCUCUUGAAGGUAUUUUAAAGGAUCCAUCAAGGAGAGGAACGGAUAAUCUGUCCAUGAGAUCAUCGGACAGCGAUGUAAGCGACGUGUCCGCUAUGUCGAGUGCGUCUCGGCUUAGCAGCACGAGUUACAUGUCUGUCCAGUCAGAAAGAGCGCGGGCCAGCCGCAAGAUCAGUGAGUUUACAUCUAAAAAAAAACACAGGGCUCAAACGGCCACACCCGGCUCCAACAUCACAAAGAGUUCCAGCGUCGGCGGAGACAUGUGUUCGCUGGGUAGAAAUGAUGACGAGGAUGAUGACAAGAAGAGACGUUCGAGUUUUGGGGCGAAGAUGGCUGCCAUGGUGGGACUGGGGAAAAAGAGCCAAAGUACAUCCCAGCUGGACCCAGAGGAGGAAGGCAGGAAGAAGAAGCCGGUGCGCCUGGCAAUCCAGCGAAGCGUGGAGACGGGAUUGGCCAUCGAGAUGAAGAACAGAAUGACACGUCAGCCCAGUAGAGAGACCGCAGACGAUGGUGAAAAGGCUAAACCUGGAAAUUUUAUCUUCCCUGGGGUGAAGAUUUCAUCAGACAGUCAAUUCACUGAGUUUUUGGAUGGUCUAGGCCCAGCCCAGCUGGCAGGGAGACAGACAUUGGCCACACCUCCAAUGGGCGACAUACAGAUCGGUAUGGUUCACCGGAAGGAGAGGCUGGAUGUGGAAGUUAUUCGGGCUAGAGGCCUGGUGGGCAAACCUGGCAACAAACAGACGCCAGCACCCUACGUUAAAGUAUAUCUGUUAGACAACGGGAAGUGCAUCAACAAGAAGAAAACACGGACAGCAAGAAAAACACUGGAUCCUCUUUAUCAACAGCAGCUGCAGUUUGAGGAGAAUCCUGAAGGGAAAGUUUUACAGAUCAUCGUUUGGGGGGACUAUGGACGCAUGGACCACAAAUCUUUCAUGGGAGCAGCCCAGAUCCUAUUGGACGAUUUAGAGCUGACCAACAUGGUGAUUGGCUGGUACAAGCUCUUUCCUCCCACCUCUUUGGUGGACCCAACCUUGGCACCUUUAAGUCGUAAACCUCCAGAAUCAGGCGUGGAGAAGUCCAACACUCGGUCGUAGCGGCACGGGGUGGUGAGAGGUAGAGAACGACAUGAGUAGCUCCAGCUGCAGGAAGAGAGAAAACAGUCUCGACGGGUCAUGUCCUGGUUACACUGCAUGCUUGAUGUCGUGUUCUCUGAGCCCGUUCGACGAGAGGCUGCGAAAAGGCCUGCGUCCUUCUGCCAAAAAACAAACGAAAAGAAAACAGCAUGCUGCUGUCACGUGCAGGGAAAUAAAGCCACAGGACGUCUCCGAAGAGAUGCGGUCGCCUUACACAGCAGAGUUCUGACUCACCGUCGCGGUUGGAGCACAGGAACUGGGAAAGGAAGACAUCAUACUAUUCUGGCUGUUUACUCUCUGUUUUAUUCAAAGAGAUGUCAGUGUUUCUUAACUAGAACUCGAUGCAUUGCAGCCAUUACUCUGAGCCAAGCUCUGAAAAAGCUCCUUUAAGAAAGAAGCACUUGGCUAAGAAAAGGGAACCUCGGAAAGAUGAUGUUCAUACUCCGAGAAGCCAGAUCUCCUCGUGAUCUUUAGCAUUUGAUGAUGAAUAUGUAAAUGAAUAUGCCAGAGUUCCUGUUUAAUUCAGGAAAAAACGGAAUUAUGAAAGAAACAUAUAGACCUUUUUGUGCUCCGGUAUGACAUUCUUUGUUAAUGUACUGUAUGAAGUUCAUGGGGAUUUUUUUUCCUUUUGUUUGCAUGAAUGCAAAUUAUUUUCCUCAAGGCUGCAACUUUCAAAAAAAAGAAAAAUAUUUCAGGAUCAGCCAUUUUCAACGUUUGUAUUAUUUUUAAUAUGAAAUUCUCUAGUGCAUGGUUUUCAAAGAGACUGAAUGCAACAAUCUAAAGAUGUGAUUGUCAUCCUUUAGACAAUUCUUCUGUAUUUUUACAGAGCUCAGAUACAGGUGUGGCCAUCAUUAAUGAAAAAAGCUAUCGAGAAAAAUAACAGAUGGCAGAGGAAAACUCAAUAAAUGUACAAUAUUCAUUGCAAAGUAAGGCACAAGCCUCAAAUUGAACGUUAAAUGAAAAUCGUACAUGUCUCCCUUCAGCGGCAGCCAUGUUUGUGUACAUGUGGAGACAGCCGUAGAUUAUGUUACGGGUCUGUCAUAACUCAGUUGUUCCACUAGAAUGGCUCAUUUAUUCAAAGCAAGCAUGUUGAAAAGGGUCUGCAACAUGGAUUGAGCACACUGUCUGAGUAACACAGCAUGUUUUUGAUAGACAUCUGGGAUCUUUCCGCAGUUUUGUGUACAGUGCAUGUGGACCAGACCCUUGAUCUGAUCAACCGUGGACUCGGGUCGAGGUAUUGUGGCAGAUGGUUCAGACAUUCAAUGCAACAUUCCACCUCUUGGCACUCAUCGUUUCUUGACGUUUUCAAAAGGAAAGAAAAGAAAAUUAAACACAUGAAAGAAAAAAAAACAAGGGGAAAAAAGUAAAGAAAAUUUAUAUUUAUUCAAGGUUGACUUGGAAAAAAGUUGCAAGUAUAUUUUAUUUUAUUAUUGUUAUAAAGAAAAUGGUAUAAAAAAUGGUUCCCAUUGGAUGGUGCUGGACGAAGACUCUAAACUCUGGACUGGACAAUGUUCUCCCGUGUGUUGUUAAACACAGCGGACACAACGGUUGUUGAAUUAGGAGUCACACAGUUCGGGAAGAUGGGAAAAUUGCCACAAAAUAUGAAUUUUUAAUUGUUUCUUGUUUUGAGAGAAUAAAAUUCAUU